AUGGAGUCACCGGUGACCAGUAGAAUGACAGAGCUGAUGGCGGAGGACAGAAGGCCGGACGAGGGUUCGAAGAUUCUGGAAAAUCCUCAAGCUCUCUCUCCACCGACCAGCACGCACGGAUCUGAUAAAGAGAAAGAAAGAAGAGGAAUAUGUGAUGAAGAUUCAAAGGGUAAUGGCAUAGGAGUGAUCACUAUCUGGGGAAUGGGAGGGUUGGGUAAAACCACCCUUGCUCAGCUCCUUUACAAUGAUGAGAAGGUGCAGGAGCAUUUCGAUUUGAAGGCUUGGGCAUGUGUUUCAGAUGAUUUUAGUGUUUUAGAGGUGAUAAGGAAUCUUCUUGAGUCUGUCACUUCAAAAGUCUAUGAUAAUAAAAAUCUAGACUUUCUUUAUGUUGAAUUAAGGAAUAGCUUGAGUAAUAAAAAGUUUUUGAUGGUGUUGGAUGAUCUAUGGAAUGAGAAAUAUAGUCAUUGGGAUGACCUUGUAACUCCUUUUCACAGUGGAAGAAGGGGAAGCAAAAUCAUCGUAACAACUUAUCAAAAAAGAGUUGUUGAAAUCACUCAUACCUUUCCUGUACAUGAGUUGCGCUGUCUCUCCGAUAAUAAUUGUUGGCUUUUACUCUCCAAGCAUGCAUUUGCAAAUGAAGAUCCAAACAGAUAUCCAGAGCUAGGAGCAAUCGGUAAGCAAAUUGCAAGAAAAUGUGGUGGCCUCCCAAUUGCUGUGAAAACUAUUGGAGGUCUUUUGCGUUCAAAAGUGGAUGAAAAGGAAUGGAGUAAAAUUCUAAAUAGCAACCAAUGGGGCAUACCAAAUGAUGAUGUUAUGCCUGCUUUGCGUCUGAGUUAUCUCUAUCUUCCAUCACAUUUGAAGAAAUGCUUUGCUUAUUGCUCAGUCUUCCCUAAAGAUAUGUUGUUAGACAAAAAGAAAUUGGUCUUGUUAUGAAUGGCAGAAGACUUUGUACACCAAUAAUCCCAUGUGAUGAAGACAUUUGAAAUGCAAGCAAAUGACUACUUUAAUGAAUUAUUGUGUAGGUCAUUCUUUCAACAAGAUGGUGGCGAUUAAAGAAAGUUUGUCAUGCAUGAUCUCAUCAACGAUUUAGCCAAAGUUGUAUCUGGAAAGAGUUGCCUAUGGUUUGAAGGCCAACAAAUUUCAAAACCUAGUCUUCGUCACUUAUCAUAUCCUAGGCAAAGGCGUGAUGGCUCUAAAAGGUUUAAGAACUUCUAUCAAUUAAAUUGUUUAAGGACUUUUUUACCCCAAUUUAUAGACAAGUGGAUGAUACCUUGUUCAUUGACCAGAAAGGUACCACGGGAUUUGUUGCCAAAACUAAAAUGUUUAAGAGUACUAUCUUUGUUUGGCUAUGACAAUGUCAAUGAGCUGCCUGAUUCAAUUGGUAAUUUGCAACAUUUGCGAUAUCUAGACCUUUCUGGCAAUUCAAUUGAAAGAUUUCUUGAUGCGGUCUUUACACUUUACAAUUUGCAGACAUUGCUUUUGUCAAAUUGUAAGUGUUUUAAAGAAUUGUCGGGAAAGAUAGAAAGGCUUAUUAAUCUAUGUCACUUGGACAUUAGUGGCACCACUUUAAAGGAGAUGCCUAGACAAAUUACAAAACUAGAAAAUCUUUAAAGUUUGAGUACCUUUAUAGUGGGCAAACAACCGAUUGGAUUGGGAAUUAAAGAGUUAAAAAAGCUCCCUUCUUUGCAAGGUAAACUUUCCCUUUCAAAACUAGAAAAUGUUGUUGAUUCAAUGGAUGCUUUGGAGGCAAACUUGAAGAAGAGAGACAAAAUUGAGGAGUUAGUGUUGGAAUGGGAUUGUGAUGCUUAAGAUUCACAAAUCAUGAAAAAUGUCCUCAACAUGCUACAACCUUCAACAAACUUACAGAGAUUGACCAUCAACCAUUAUCGUGGCACUAACUUUCCGAAUUGGGUAGGAGAUUCUUCAUUCAAGAAUAUUGCAUAUUUAUCAAUGAGUUCUUGAAGGUAUUGCUUUUUACUCCCAUCAUUUGGACAAUUACCUUCUCUGAAAGAGCUUGUUAUUGAAGGAAUGGAAUUAGUUCAGAUAGCUGGACUUGAGUUCUAUUGCAGCAACACAAAGUCCCCUUCAUUUCAACCAUUUUCAUCCUUGGAAAUUCUAGAAUUUAGACAUAUGCCAGUUUGGGAGGAAUGGAUACUGUUUGAUGGUGAAGGUGCCAAAUUUUCUUUUCCUCAUCUCAAACGUUUGGGUUUAUAUGAUUGUCCUAUGUUGAAGGGAGACAUGCCUAAUAACCUUCCAUCAUUGACAAUGGUUUUUGUUUCAAAUUGCAAACGAUUGGAGGUAAAAUCAACAACUUUGCAUUGGAUUGCAUCUAUUGAAGAAUUAAACAUAGAGCAAGGGGAACAGGGGUUAUUGGGAGCUCUUGAUGAUUAUUCUCUAGACUCUCUGAAAUCCAUAACAAUUGGGAAGUGUGAUUGCUUGCGGUCAUUUCCAAGAAUGAUAAUGGAUAGCCACGUUCUUGUAAAGUUGUCUCUCUAUGAUAUUCCAUCGAUCAUGUCCUUUCCAAUUGAAGGUUUGCCUGCUUCUUUGCAAUGUCUUGUAAUUACAUACUGUAAGAAGUUAGAGUUCGUACCUCAAGAAUCUUUACGAAACUGCACAUCACUUGAAAGAUUGUGGAUUGAGAAUAGUUGUCGUUCCUUGGCAUUCUUUCCAUUAGGUUGUCUUCCCAAGCUUAAACACCUUGGCAUUUGCAAAUGUCAUAAUUUAGAGACCUUUACAAAUGUUGGGGGUCUGCUCUUCCCUUAGAAUUGUUUUUAUAUUGCUAGUUGCAAAAAACUUAGAUCAAUGUCAGAAGUACACAUUGAUUCCCUUGCCAACCUUCAACAUUUUCAACUAAGAAGGCUUCCAAAUUUGGAAUCAUUGCUUCAAGGUGGUUUGCCUUCUAAUUUACGAGAUUUGGAUAUUAGUGACUGUGAGGGACUAUCUUGUAUAUCAAUUGAAGAUUGGGUUUUCAACGGUUGACUUCUCUCUCAAUAUUGGUUGUUGAAGGUGAUGGAAGUGAAACUAUACUCCAUAAUUUACUAAACAAUCAAUUACUGCCCAACUCUCUUGUGAAUAUCCACAUAUGGAAUUUCUCUAAUCUUAAAUGGUUAGAUGGAAAAAGGCUUCAGCACCCUACUUCUCUCGAAAUACUCUCCAUUUAUGGCUGUCCAAACCUUGAAUCCUUGCCAGAAGAUGCGCUGCCGCCCUCUCUUCUUCGGCUAUAUAUCUGCGAGUGCCCUAAAUUAGAAGAAAUAUAUAAUUUUGAAGGAGGAAAACACUUGUCUGACAUCUCUCAUAUUCCAAGUGUAAUAAUUAAUGAUGAAGUACUAUGAUCUUUGAGAUGGUGCGGCAUUGCGUCAAAAGGUUAAAGAAGAUGAGGAAGCAGUCAAAAAGAGACAAAUAUGAUAUGCAGGGAAGGCAGGCAAGAAGCUAACCCAGACAUUGUUGAGGCAAAGUACAGGUUAGAAAAUACGAAAGGAGUUCACAAGAAUUGCUCAACUUUCAGCACCAAGAGCUGGUGAAGAAAACAGUUAGAAUUGCUCUGUUUGAAACUGAGUCAUAUGAGAAGCAAAAAAGGCAGUUGUGCAGAAACUUGAUUCUAGUGUGUUGCUUCCUUCGCAAUUAUCACGAGGCAGAAUUGAAUUUCCUCAUCAAUUUCUGUGUUACCUCAACAACAAUAAACACAACAAAGACCUCUACUGAUAUACAUUUGUUCUUGAAGAUUACAUGACAUACACACCUUCCAGGCAUUUCAAGGGAACAACAAAUAAUUGACAAUGGUUAUGGAGGAAAUUAGCUGUUGGGACCAAGAAAAGAAGGAAAGUUAAACAUGACAAAAUACAAAAAGAGAACUGAUGUUGAUGAAUGAUUUGCAAAGAGAUUAAGGAUUGAAUUUGAAGAUGGAAGCAGAUUAUUAUUUAUCCGAGGUUAAUUGUGUACUUCCUAAAUAUCAUUGUUCGAAUUUGAGUAUUUGGGUGCUUAGAAUGUUUUUGCUACCUAGCU